AGCUUAUCGAAGUGUAUCACUUUCCUAAUAAAAAUACUUUCCUAUUGGCUAAAGCGGCAAACCCUAAUUGAAAAAUAAGCUGCAUUACACAAGCAGCAGGCAAGAAGUCUGCAGACACUCUCAAGACCUCAAUCAGUUUGGUCGUAUGAUCAGAUCAAUUUUGUUAGCAGGGAAAAUUAUAUGGAGAUCAUGACCGAUAUAAACGAAGACUCCCUAAUUCUGGUGAAGCAAGGAGCUGAAGCUAGAGUUUUUGAGUCGCAAUUUGUUGGGCGGAGAUCCAUUGUGAAAGAACGGUUUUCAAAGAAGUAUAGGCAUCCAACUCUUGAUUCCAAGCUGACACAGAAACGAUUGAAUGCGGAGGCUAGGUGCAUAGCAAAAGCUAGGCGACUUGGAGUUCCUACUCCUGUUCUUUAUGCAGUGGACCCUGUUUUGAAAACCUUGACAUUUGAAUAUGUGGAGGGUCCCUCUGUUAAAGAUGUCUUUCUCGAAUUUGGGAUACAUGGCGUCAUUGAAGAGAAAAUGGAUGAUAUAGCAAUGCAGAUUGGUCAUGCCAUUGGAAAGCUUCAUGAUGGUGGCCUUGCUCAUGGUGAUUUGACCACAUCAAACAUGUUAAUCCGUAGUAGUACCAAUCAACUGGUUCUUAUUGACUUUGGUCUGAGCUUUACGUCAGCACUUCCUGAAGAUAGAGCCGUAGAUCUGUAUGUACUUGAGCGAGCAUUGCUAUCAAUGCAUUCUUCAUGUGGAAAUGUGAUGGAGAAAAUACUCGCUGCGUAUAGGAAAUCAUCAAGGCAAUGGUGCUCAACAUUAAAUAAGCUUGGUGAAGUGAGACAAAGGGGUAGGAAGAGAACGAUGAUUGGUUAAGGGAUUGCUUUGUUAAUCACCUCGGCAUUAUGUACUGGCUACUGCAAGCUGACAGAAUGUUAUUCUUAUUUACAGUUAAAUUUCUUGUAGCUCUCUUUAUGUAUACUUAUCUAUUGACCUCGAUUCUCCAUUUUUUUUAAACGCGGGGACUUGGUAGCAUCCUUCUUGGAAUCAACUAUGCAUUUGUAUACUCAAACUUUCUUCAUAAGUGGAUGUAUGUUAGAAAUGUUCCUUUGUGUUCUGAAA